AGGAAAUCGAGGGCCAGGCGUUAAUGGGUUAAAAAACUCAGAGAAAAACGCAACCGAAGAACAAAUGUGGGCUGCCGAUGGACUUAUGAGAGAUGUGUGCCUACCAAAAUUCCUCAAAAUAACUAACGAAACUGGUGCUGGAAUCAGAGCUGGUACCCUGUCUAAUGAUAAGGAUGCCAAAUGCAAUGUUAACUACACUAUGGAAAUGAUGCAAACGGUAAGAAAAGGGAAAUUCUUGUAUGAAGCUUCGUUGAAGCAAGUCGAUGCCCUCAUGCCCGAUGACAAUAAAGAUGAAUACAAAGCUGGCUUGGCCGCAAGCAAGCAUGCUGCAGGUGAGGAUAGUUCCCGCAGCUUCGCAAUUGUUCUUAACGUACACAGCUGCAUCCUUGCAUGCGGCCAAGCCAGCUUUGUAUUCAUCUUUUAUAGUCAUCGGGCAUGAGGAUAUCGACUUGCUUCAAAGAAACUUCAUACAAGAAUUUACCCUUCUUCAUCUGUGGUGAAAAGGGUUGAAAUAAAAUAACAUUUAAAUCAUCUCAAUCUUUCCUGAGUUCUCAUCUUUUUCGCCUUUUUAUUUAUUCUUACCGUUCGCAUCAUUUCCAAAAUGCAGUUAACAUUUGGCGUCCUCAUCAUUAGGCAAGGUAGGAGCUAUAAUUCCAUGAGCAAUUUCGUUACUUAUUUUGGGAAAUUUUGGUAGGCACACAUCUCGCAUAAGACCACCGUCACCACCAGCUGUAAUUCCAUCAGCAAAUUCCUUGGUUAUUUUGGGGAAUUUUGGAAGACACAAAUCUCAUAUUAGUCCUCCGGUUUUCUGUUGCCUGUGGGAAAGUUUAAGCAAUGAAAAAAGUUGCCUGUUUUUCUGAGUUUUUCAACCCAUUACCGCCUGGCCCUGGAUUCUCUUGUCCGAUUUUAUUGAAAUUUCGUAUUUUCAUUAUUUAAAGCAUUUUUGUUGACGCAAACAUUUUUUUAAUGUGUUGAGAAAAAAAAAUUGGUGAAAAUU